AACAGGUUGCCUUACUGGUACUGGCACCUCAACCCAUUAAAGCCGCACAUUCUCUCCCUUGUCUCAGCACCUGCAUUUCGAAUUGUCCUACUCAAUCCACACAAGCUAUUCCCACAGCUGGUUUUCCACCACUCAGAUGUUCUACGACCUCAACGUUCCCUGGGCCCCCACUUCUCCGGAUCUUCCGCGAACUGUGGCUUUCCUGAACGAGCUAGGCUACAAUGUGAUUGCUUUAUCCCACACCCACUCGGGAAAAUUCCCGCAAAGCCAACCCAAUCCAAUCCCGGAGAACCCGUUUCCCAAACACCCGAACCUCCAAAUACUCCGCCGAAUAACGGUUAUCCUUGAUGACCCCUCCCAAAACCACCGACUCGCCGCCCUAACCUCUGCCUAUGACAUUGUUGCUCUGCGUCCUACGAACGAGAAGCUCCUACUGCAGGCUUGCAAAGAACUGGAUUGCGAUCUCAUCUCUGUCGACCUCUCACAACGCAUGGGCUACCAUUUCAAGCAUAAGACAGUUGGACUGGCAAUCCAGCGGGGGAUAUUUCUCGAAAUAAACUACUCUGCUAGUAUCAACGAUAUCACAGCACGGAGAAAUCUGAUAGGAAACGCAGCAGCAUUAAUACGAGCAACAAGAGGGCGAGGAAUUGUUAUUAGCAGUGAAGCAAGGAGAGCUCUUGGUGUUAGAGGUCCAUUCGACGUGAUCAAUCUCGCAACACUAUGGGGGCUAAGCCAGGAUAAAGGCAGAGAGGCAAUGGAUGGGCUUCCUCGCCUGGUGGUGGCGCAAGCGAAACUGAAAAGGACCUCUUUCCGAGGUGUUAUAGACGUUGUCGUCAAUGAACCUCCUCGAGGGAAUAAGCGGAGAGCAGAGGACGCUGCCGGUCCAUCAGAUCAACCAGAACCAGAAGCAAGCCCAGAAGGUAACCAAAAGACCGAGGCUCCACCAAGGCUAUCCAAGAAAGCCCGAAAAGCAUUAGCCCGUGCGUCGAAAUCAUAA